AUGCGCGUGACGAAGGCGCUCACGAUGUUCGACCCGUUCCAGCAGCACUACGGCCGCUGGAUCGCCGUCCCGCUCUGCCUACCCGCCCUCUGCGGAGAAGUAUUUUGGACGGCCGCCAUUCUGGCCGCAUUGGGCGACACGGUGGCGGCGAUAACGCGCGUCGACUCUUCGUCCGUCAUCGUGUUGUCCUCCGCCAUCAUCCUCUUCUACACAUCGCUGGGCGGCCUCUACUCGGUGAUCUACACGGAUGCGUUCCAGGUGGUGAGCACCGUCUUCGGUCUGUGGGUGAGCGUGGUCUUCUUCUUGGGAAGCAACACCGUGGGGACUGUCGGCCCGCCGCACAGCGAGUGGUUCGGUUCGAUUGACACGAGCGAUGUGAGCCAGAUUGUCGACCAGCUCUUGAUGAGCGUCUUCGGCGGCAUCCCUUGGCAGGUGUACUUCCAACGCGUGCUCUGCAGCGAGACCGUGUUCACCGCCAAGAUGCUCUCGUACCUGGCGGCGGCAGGCUGCUGCUUCCUGGCCCUCCCGCCGAUCAUCAUCGGUGCUCGGGCCAAGAGUUGCAGUUGA